AUGAGAGCCAACCACUUCCGUACAGAGCUCGCCCCUGCCACGAAGGCCAACUCCAGGGAGGCCUUUCAGCGGACAGAGCAAAAACUCCUGAUAAGCGACCUUUGUGAAGAGAGGGAUACUCCUACUUGCGUGAGGAUCGAGAGCCCGACGGUCGAACCAGUGAAGCAGAGAGGCAAACCGAGAGAUGGCCUCGCAUAUGGAAAACUGUCCGUCGGGCUGCGAUAUGCAAAAAGUUUCCAGCAACAGCCCGAGGAACUGCAGGCCAAUUUAAUCAAUUGGGGCAUCCGUCAGCCGUCAGCCGUCAGCCGUCAGCCGUCAGCCGUCAGCCGUCAGCCGUCAGCCGUCAGCCGUCAGCCGUCAGCCGUCAGCCGUCAGCCGUCAGCCGUCAGCCGUCAGCCAGCGAGGUCUUCAUUAGCAAGCAAACAUCUGAGGAAACCCGGGGGAAGGGGAGGCCGGGGGUCAGGGGCGAAGAAUCACGUUAACCAAGAGGGAAACUGCCCAAUGCCAUUUCCUCCAGCGGUGGACAGGACGCCAAAGAUCAUCUCAGUGGAGGAGAGGCCAGCGCCACAGCAGGCGGAGGCAGUAGUGAUCGAGCCAGAGGAGGAACUCGCGGUAGAUGACUUUGUUCUCCUUCCAAACCCUCUCACUGAAGGCCAAGUUGCUGAGCCGGCAGAGGCCGUCACUCCCCCGCCAGCCAACUCCCCACUGGACAUUCCCACUUACCUACCUAUCGAAAUCCCUCAGGAUACAAGCGCCCCCACUUACCUUCCCCUGGACGCGGGGGACGUCUUCGAAGCCCCGCAACUUCCUCCAGAGGAAUUCCAAGAAGCACCUGAGCCCAGCGAGGCCCCAGCAGGCAGCCCUCAACCCUUCCCGUCCUCUCUUCCGGAGCCCGAGGAGGCCCAGUCCCGUGGCCCCAUCGACGUCCCCGCUCCUCCUGCCGCUGCCACGACAGGAAGAGGCACGAGGACCCGCGGGAGAGCAAGAGGCUCUUCGUCUCGAGGGGCGUCUGACAACGGCGGUGGCGCUGUAAGAACAAGGUCGAGAUCGAGAAGUCAGGGCUGA